CUCAUUAGCUAGCUAAUUUUAGCUUUGGCUUGUCUGUGAACGUCAUUGGUUGACGUCGUUUGCUUCGUUAGCUUGCGGUGAUGCUAAUAGUAGCUCAGUUUUACCGAAACCCUCUUAUUUUUAACGACCAUUAGUAACAGUAUGCAAGACAAAUAUCCAGUUCACCUCAGACUUCCCCUAAACAUAUAUAUUUGUGGGGGGAUAUUUCACGUCAGGUUGAUUUAACCGAGAACACGAAGUUAAUGGCUAAGGGAUGGCUAGCGGCAGUGUCCUGUUUGUAGUGUAAGUAGUUAGCCACUCGGCUAGUUAACUUGGAAGCUAACUAGCUUUAGCCUAACAUGACUGGGGAUGUUUGGUCAUCUAAUAAGUUUAUUUUUGAGAAGACAACACGAAUUUUAUCACGCUCACGGCAUGUCCAGUCGUCUAGCAUUUCAUUUACACGACUUUCAACCAGCAAUGGCUCCUCCAUUGUGGCUAGUAGUGUUUGAAGUUAUCAGUGUUGGCAACCGUGUACGAUGCUAAUUGGUAGGUAGCUAACGUAAGCUAAGCUAGAUGAUGCCAUUUUGUUUUUAUCUCGACUUUGACCAACAUACUGCUUCCCCGUAGGACUUAAAACGCACAAAUCACUGGAUCUUGCUGAAGAUUGGAGAGCAUCGCUAGACCUCCCUCCCUUCUGAGUCAAUGGAAGGGUCUGACAGUUUAGAGCAGAAUGGCAGUGACCAGCCAGAGUCACAACGCAGACGGCAGCUGGACCGCCUGGACCGGGAGGAGGCCUUCUACCAGUUUGUCAACAAUCUCAGUGAUGAGGACUAUCGCCUCAUGAGAGACAACAAUCUUUUGGGCACUCCAGGAGAGGUAACGGAGGAUGAGCUGUUAAGUAGACUUCACCAAAUCAAAGAUGGUCCAGAACAGCAGAGCAACACCCCUAGUAUUGAAAGUGCAGAAGAUCCAGUUGAACAACCCGAAAGCUCUGAGGAUCCUGCCAGCGGGGAUAGUCUCCUGGACUGGCUGAACACAGUGAGGCGCACAGGAAAUACAACCAGAACUGGUCAUCGUGGGAACCAGUCAUGGAGGGCUGUAAGCCAGACCAACCCAAACAGUGGAGAUUUUCGCUUCAGUCUGGAAAUCAGUGUGAACCGCAACCUGGCCGAACAGCAGGCAGCCGCUGAAGGGGAGCAACAGUCUCCAGACCAAUCUCCAGAGCAGUCUCCAUUAGACCCUCCAGAGCAAUCUCCAUCAGAUCCUCCAGAACAGUCUCCAGAAAACCCUCCAGGGCAGUCUCCAGAAAACCCUCCAGGGCAGUCUCCAGAAAACCCUCCAGGGCAGUCUCCAGAAAACCCUCCAGGGCAGUCUCCAGAAAACCCUCCAGGGCAGUCUCCACAAGGCCCUCCAGAACAGCCUCCAGAAGACCCUCCAGAACCGUCUCCAGAGGAGUCUCCUGAGCUGUCUCUAGAACAGUCUCCAGAGAUUCAGGAAGUUGUAGCAAAUGUUGAACCACAGGUUCCUAUGGAGACAGAAGUAGUGGAAGAACCAGUUGUAGAAGAGUUAGCUGUCGUAGUGGAACCUGAGCCUGAACUAGAAGAGGUUGUUUCUCAAGACGUCUUAGGAGAACCUCCCAGCUCACCUGCUGCCCUGCCAGUACAGCCCCCACUUUGUCCUUCUCCACGCAGAGGACAAAGGAGGGCCCGCAGCCGUAGUCCAGAACCCCGCAGGACUAGGGCACGUUUAGCCAGAAGCCGCUCCCCUCUCAACCUGGAUCAGCUUGAUGCUCUCCCUAAUCCACGAUAUGCUUACAGCUCUCAAAGCCCCAGUUCUUCCACCAAUGCUUCUCCUGUGCCUCAAGUAGAGGGCAGUUCUCGGACUCGACAACAUGUUCUUUCCAGGCAAAGCACCACGGAAGGUGAUGUUCAGGCAUCUAGGGCUGGUGGAGAAUCGGUUGCCGAAGCCCAAAAUGCUGGAUCUCAGGAAGGAGAAGCUGCUGGGGGGGAAGGAGGAGCCGCAGGGCGUCGUCCCCCUACUAUUAUGCUAGAUCUCCAGGUGCGUCGUGUGCGCCCAGGCGAAUAUCGGCAAAGAGACAGCAUUGCCAGUCGUACCCGCUCACGCUCCCAAAACUCAAACAACACAUUUCUUUAUGAGAGUGAGCGUGGUGGAUUUCGUAGGACUUUCUCUCGCUCUGAACGUGCUGGUGUGAGGACCUACGUCAGCACUAUUCGCAUCCCUAUCCGAAGAAUCUCUGAUGCAGGUUUGGGAGAGGCAACUUCAAUGGCUCUCCAGUCGAUGAUUCGACAGAUUAUGACUGGUUUUGGUGAGCUCGGCUACCUCAUGGAUUCUGACUCCGAUUCUUCAGAUUCCAACCGUGGAGCAAACACAACUGCGGACCUGGAAGCUCUUAACAACCCAGAUGCUACUACAACUGAUGGUCCUGCUGCUGAUGUUGACGAACAACCUGUUGCUGCUGGAGUCAGGGGAAGGACAGUUGAGACUGAUAUGGAUGAGGGCCUUUCCACUGGUCCACCUACCUCUGGUGGCAGGGCUCGACCCAGACCCCCCAUCAGCCUAGAGGAGCCCAGUUCACUGCCCUUCCUGCGGCUUGCUCACUUCUUUCUCUUAAAUGAUGACGAUGAGGACCAGCCCCAGGGGCUGACUAAAGAACAGAUUGACAACCUCUCCAUGCGCAACUUUGGUGAGAGUGAUGCCUUGAAGACUUGCAGUGUCUGCAUAACAGAGUAUGCAGAAGGGAACAAGCUACGUAAGCUUCCCUGCUCACAUGAGUACCACGUCCACUGCAUAGAUCGUUGGCUGUCUGAAAACUCAACUUGCCCCAUCUGCCGCAGGGCUGUCCUCGUGUCAGCCAACCGAGAGAGCGUAGUGUAACUCUUAACAGACUUCAGGCCUUUUCUCUCAACCUAAGUAAUCUUAUAUCCCAAGUCCAUAAGAGGCUUUGAGGAAAUGUGUCUCCACUGUUGAAAUGUAUUUCCUUCAUACCAUUUGUGAGUUUGAUCAUAAUGCAGUCACAGGUUUGAUUCGGGGUGCUUUAUACAGUGACAUCGGGACAUAUUCAGUCUCCAGUUGGACAUUUCUUACUGCAGUCCAAAGGUGGGCACAAACAAUGCAUGCGAUUGAUCAACCUGUAGCACCCAUGCAGUGUUGCACUGCAUCAAGCCAUGCGCACAAGCAGGCCUAUAUCUCAUAAAGAAUCCUCUGAUUAUAAAUGCUGCACACCUGCAGGGUAGUUCAGGCACUUCAAAUCAGAUCUUUUGUCUUGGCUCCUAAAUGGCGCCUUAUAUACCAUUAGUUGGUUAUAGGUACUAUUCCUAGUUACACCAGUUCAGAGUAUUAGCUGUAAAUAAGCUUGUAAAAACGAUUUUGAAUCAUACUUUGUAUCAGUGAAUUGGUUUUGGAUUGUAAAUUAUCACAUGAAAAUCUGGGUGAUGUUAGCAGUAACCCCACAUUUGGUUUUUAAAAAAGGUUGAAUCAGUGUACACAGCAGAAUUAUUUACAGAUUGUGAUGUCCAAAGGAUGCAGGACAUAAAUUGGUUUGCAAACUACAGUGUGACUUGUACUCUCUUCUUGUUCACCUGAAGGAAACAAUUUGCUAUUAUGCAGUGGCAUUUGACAUUAAAAUUUUCAGUGUGUGCCGAAUUGUUUGAAACACAUUGUUGCUCUGGCAUAAAGGAGACACAAUUAGGUUAUUUUCCAAAGUGCAAGUUCAUUUUGGAAUCAUUUGGUGGUGUUUUCUUGAUCAAUACAAUGAUGAGGAGGAAUUAUAUGAGAAAGGAGGGAUGUCCCACUUUAAUUGAUACUGAGUUGAUUCAAAAAUAUACAAACGGGCAUGUUAUCAGAAAUUCAAAUAAAGUUGCUUUUGCUUUUUCCCUUCUCUCUCUCACACAUAUACACAAUAGGAUAUUUACUUUUUAAUGUACAGUAACCAUUUGUCCAUUCAUCUUUUGUUAGCUAUUUGCUGGAUUCUUUGUUUUUCCACUAACUUUCUGGAUUUCUUUAAUUGUUGGUUGAUGAUUUGAGUUCUGGUAUUGGCAGAGUUAAAUAAUCAGAUUGACCUAAAAGGAAAUGUAGACUUGCCUUUGUCGGUCAUACCAGAAUAGGUUUAAAUACACUUUACUGUACAAAUUACAACAUAAGUCAUUAAUCCAAAGGUUUGACUGUUGGACAUUUACAGAGUCUGAAAAUUUCACACAGUUGUCCUUUUAGCUUCAACAGAACGUUGAGACGCUUCCCCACUGUGCCCUCCUUCUGCCUCAUGAGCAAAUGCUCCAUAUCGGUGUGCAAUACAAGCAAAAGUGAAAGUAGGGAAAUACCAACCAUGAUGUAAGUGUAUGAUACUGUUAAAAGCUGUUGUUCAUGGCUAAGAUCUUAAAUGAAGACUUAAUACCUUUUAUGUGUUGAAGUUCAUUUUAUUUUAUCUAGAAGUUCUGUAGGUUUUAAUAGCACUGUUAAUGAACGGGGACACUGGCUACAGGAAGAAGAGGGCAUCACUAUUAAUGCCAUCCUGUCAUGUUUCUUGUUUCAUUGUUUGAUGUCUUAGCCACAAUUAUUACCUCCCUUUGUGGGACAUAAAAGUUUGAAUGCAAGACGUUGUUGAAUACCAUAAACAUGUAAAUGAAAUUGUAUGUUCCCUCUUCGGCCAUGCUUUCGUUUUGGCCUUGUUCUGUGACGCGCCCAGUGCAGUAUGUUAACUGGGUGUUAAAUGAAACUAACCGCUGAAUUAAACAAGUUGUUAUGCUAUGAAA